AUGCUGCUGUGUGGAUUGCUCCCGGCUCCUCGAGGAUUCUGGGCGCCGGGGCUAGCAUCGCGGAGGCAGAAGCGCACGGCUGCAGCAACGGCAUUCUUUGCUCCGGCUUUUGCGUCGCGGCCAUACACGGCUGUGCUGAUCGUCCCGACUGGAACUGGGGCCUGCAUUGGCGGAUACGCAGGCGAUGCUCUCCCCGUCGCCAGAGCUCUGGCUUCCAUCGUCGAUUGUCUCAUCACACAUCCAAAUGUGCUGAAUGGAGCUAUGCUUUACUGGCCGAUGAGCAACGCCUUGUACGUCGAAGGCUACGCUCUCGAUCGGUUUGCCGCUGGUGCCUGGGGCCUCAGCCCCGUCCACCGGAACAAAGUCGGUCUCGUCCUCGACGCCGGGAUUGAGCAGGAUUUGCGACUGAGACAUCUACAAGUGGCUGAUGCUGCUGCUGCAACUCUUGGAACUUCGAUUUUCGAGCACGUCGUCACUGACGCAUCACUCCAGGUUGAGAAGUGGAUCGAUGACAAAACCGGUGCUUCUACUGGUCGCAUUGCCCGCUCUGAUUCUUUGCUACGAGCUGUGGAGAAACUUGUCAGAGAUGCUGCGAUCGAUGCUGUAGCCGUGGUAGCACGCUUUCCAGACGACGAUGUGGAGGUGUUGAAAGACUAUAGGCAAGGUCAGGGUGUCGAUGCUCUGGCUGGAGUCGAGGCUGUGAUUAGUAAAAUGGUGGUGAGUGAGUUUCACAUCCCUUGCGCGCACGCACCAGCAUUGGCUCCUUUGCCAUUCGAUUCGUCUGUUUCUCCUAGAUCUGCCGCGGAAGAGAUUGGAUACACCUUUCUUCCUAGCGUUCUCGCGGGAUUAAGCAAGGCUCCUCAAUAUGUUAGCAGGGACAGCGAUCACAGACCUCACCGGAUAUGGGCCGAGGACGUCGAUGCAGUGCUAGUGCCGGUGAACGCCUGUGGAGGCGACGGAGUUCGUGCAUUCAGUAAAAAGGCUCGACAAAAGCCUCUGAUUAUUGCUGUGGAGGAGAACGUGACCGUCUUGAAUGACACUCCGGAGAAGCUACAAAUCGAAGCAGUGAGAGCAGCCAACUAUUGGGAGGCUUUAGGUGUUGUUGCGGCCCACAAAGCGGGAGUGAAUCCCAUGGCACUCAGAAGAGAUGGAGUUCUCCACAACAGGGAAGUCAAGCUUCGACAGGUAGAGAGACUUUGCUCUUCCAGGCAAUGAGAUGAUUCUUUUGCAGAAAACAAGGGCACUAAACUAGACUUUACGAAGCGAUUCUUAACGGUUUGUGCUUCCUUUCUUGUAACUGACACUCAAAAUUAUCGUUUGCUCCUGUCACUACUUCAAGACUAGAGAUAAAGAACUAUACACCCAACUUUUGUGUACGAACUUUUGUGUACGAAGGAUUUCUUUGAUCUGGCAGAGAUGGUGAUGAGCGCAUUUGCAGGACAGGGUGUUGGUUUUGGUAUUGGAAUUGGGUGUGGUUUUGGGAUUGGAUGGGGAUUCGGAGGAGUGUCGAUACCAACAAUGGGACUCGGCAUAGGUGAGUGAGAUCUCUCACGUUUUCUAAUACUUUGCUUUGAAGGUGGUGGAUGUGGGGUGGGGAUUGGGCUUGGCUGGGGAUUUGGAGCAGCGGCACUUGGAUCCCAAUACUUUAACGCCAAGAACGAGUUCGAUCCAGCCACCACAUAUCCACAAGAUAAGUCUGACAAGCACAAACAAAAUCCUUUGACCCAGUCAAAGAGUCAAUGAGAGCGCGAGAAAGUCAACCCUCUAUAAAUUGGAUAGAUUUAAAAGCUGCCAUGGUAGAAUUGCGGCUGACUUGCUUCCACGAAGAGAGAAAUCUCUGUCUCUACACAGGCCGCAAGGGUCUCGUGGUCGCGGCAUUCACUCACCGACACCCAACCAAACCAAUCGGUGGAUAAAACGCGGUUGACCCCCAUGUCAACGCGCGUCAACGCGACGAUCAUUUCCCUGGGCUCUAUAAAACAUUGCUCGAUCCUCCAAA